AUGAAGAUCUAUGCAGUAUGGUACGCCGCUUGCACUGUGCUCUGUGUUUGCGCGCAUCCAUCGAGAGACCGAUCUAACGAGAUGUACAUUAGCAGCUCAUUCAAUCCAAAAUCAACAGCUAAUGGCUACGAUUUCGAGAAGCAGCUAUCUGCGACUAAAUUGUUCGAGAUUCUCGACGAAGAUAGUGAAGAGUUUGAGGAGAGGAGACCAUCGACAAUGAGAGCGAUCGUUAUGAAAGCAAAGAUCAGUCCGGUCUUGUUACCCUUGAUUAUAGAACCUGAAGCGGAAAUGUUGCCGGUCGGUUAUAAGGGCGUGAAGCCACCUGGAGUCACCCACAUGGAAAUUGCGUUUGCGAAACCGCAAACCAACCCAAGUCGCAAGAGUGCGACCUUACGAGCCUCGGCGACGGACGACGGAAAUUCUGGUAAAUCCUACAGAUUUAAUCAAGAUAACGAUGCGCAUUAUGCUGCGUCAAAGUAUGAGACGCAAGUUGCGAGAGAUGAUCACGGUACCGACAGCCUCGCCGUCUUCGAGGUAGGUUCGAAGGGCGAUACGAAAAAGGAGAACGAAAAGGUUGAGUACUCCGAAGACUCUGGUGAGAGUAAAAGCCAUUCCGAAAACGAGGAUCGCGCGAAGAAUCAUAAAGAAGAAGUUGGGAAAAAGAAGGGAGCUAUCUACGAGACAAGAGAUGGUCACGAGAAAGCUCAUAACACCGCCGGAUAUCGCAACGUUUAUCACAAAGAUGAGUUCAAGAAGGACGCUGAUUUCUACAGCAACGGGCAUCGGAGUGGACAUUUCAAGAACCAUGGUCGAUACGGCGAAAAACACGCUGCUGCUGAAGGCAAAUACGCGAAAGAUAGAAAUAAUGAUUCUAGAUUUUGUGAUCAACCAGUUUACAAGACACGAUUGGCUCUUCCGGCGGACUACGACAAUGUAAUGACUUUUAUGUGUGACGCAUUCUACAAGGACGAUCCAACCAUGGUAAACAUUGGUUUGAGUAAACAGGAGCCUGCUUCAUCCUUACUACAAAUUAUGUACAAUGAAGUCCGAGAGGGUAUGACAUUAAUUGUUGAAGAAGAAGAAGAUGAAUGUAUUAUAGGUGCUGUGGUGAACGCCGGCUCUUGUCCUUGGGAUCCCGACAAGUUUGUCGAGUUCGCCCGCUGUGAAUGCGGGCCAGCCCGCGACGUGAUCGAGUUCGAUGCUUACGUGACCGGCAAACCGAAUCUCUGGGAGCGCUAUUGCGUUCUCAAGAUCUUCGAGUGCAGCUAUCUCGCGGUCAGACCGGACUUCCGGAACCAGGGUAUUGCUAGAAAGCUCGUGCUAGACAGCUGGUAUCUCGCGCGCGAUUGCGGCUAUCGAUUGUUCCGUGUUGACUGCGACAAUAGAUAUCUCGCACGGAUCGCGGAAGGUUUCGGUUGGAAACGAGUAUGCGUAAUACCAUUUCAUGAAUACGUAAGAGAUGGCGAACUUGUUUUUAAGUAUAUUAAGGAGCCACAUACCGAAGUGGAAAUUUAUAUUGAUCAAGUUUCACGUUGCAAGGAUUAUUGUCAACCUUAUAAAACAUGCGACAAAAUUACUUCAUCACCAAAUAACCUAACAUGCAGCGAAAGGCUAUUGAUUAUUACCCCAACUCCAUCCUACAGUCAUCAGAUAGUAUUUCGGGUAAUAAGUCUUGCUUUGAAUAAGCGAGGACACGAAAUAGUAACAUUGACUCCUAAUAUCUUAAACGAUACUGGCAUAACUAAUUAUACGGAAAUAGAUUUCGGUUUUAUAUACGAAAAAAUUGAUGAUACUGACAUGAGUCAGAUCCGUUGGAAUCUCACACAAUUGGCGGGAUUGAAAACAAGGCUACUAACAUUAGGUCAUAAUAUCGCUGAGGAUGCUCUUAGCCAUCCAGAUCUCGUGAAGUAUUAUACGAAUAGAACUGAUAUGCAAUUUGAUGCAGUAAUAGCGGAGAUGAUUAUGACUCCUGCAAUUUACAUGCUAGCGCACAGAUUUAAUGCACCUUUAAUAGGAAUCAUGUCUAUGGACUUACAAAACUGUCAUCGUUUCACUCUUGGCAGUCCUGUGCUGCCAUCGCAUUCCUCGAAUUGGGAGCUCGAAAAUCUCACAGGAUUAAAUUUAUCAUUUUGGAGGCGAUUGAUAAAUUUCAUCAAUACUUGGUGGAGUAUUCAUUCAUGGUUUAAUAAUUUCGCAAUCAAACAGCAAAAGAUUGCCGAAAAGUAUUUCGGUAAUAAUAUACCACAUAUCACUGACGUUGCGAAGAAUAUGAGUCUCGUCUUGAUCAAUCAAGAACCGUUACUUGCAUACGCGAGACCCGAAAUACCUAAUAUUGUUCACUUCAGCGGGCUGCACAUCACAAAGGCACCGCCAUCGUUACCAAAAAAUUUAAAAGCGUUCUUGGAUAGCGCGACAAAUGGCUUCAUUUAUAUGAGUCUGGGAUCAAAUACGAAAAGCAAAUUAUUACCAAAGAAAAUAUUGGAGAUCUUUGCCAACACUUUUGCCAAUUUAUCUUAUAAAGUACUGUGGAAAUUCGAAAACGAUAGCUACCAUGUUCCUCCUAAUGUUUUUAUUUCAAAAUGGACCCCGCAGCAGGGUGUGCUGGCUCAUCCGAACAUCAAGCUCUUCAUUUAUCAAGGCGGGCUGCAGAGCACCGAAGAAGCGGUUCAUUACGCCGUCCCGCUCAUAGGAAUACCGUUUGUCUUCGAUCAGGUGUACCAAGUUAUGAAAAUGGUUUCUCUGGGAGUUGCAAGAUACCUAGACAUAGUCCAGCUUACGGGGUCAGAAUUGUACGAUGCUAUAAUAGAAGUCAUAGAUGAUAAAGGGAUGUUGGCGCUGCGUGCUCUCACAAAGGACAAGCCCUAUGAUAGCUUAGAGAAUGUUAUAUGGUGGAUCGAGUUCGUAAUGCGUCACAAUGGUGCACCUCAUUUACGUUUCAAUGGAGUCGAUAUCGCGUGGUAUCAGCAAUUCGAUUUAGAUGUCAUUGUAUUCCUGACGAUAACAUUAUUCUUAGUUUUAUGCGCUAUUUUAGCCAUUGUAGGAUGGGUUUCGAAAAAGUUAUAUAAUACGUAUUAUAAUGAUAUAAGCAAUCAUUACGUGUGGUUUAAAGAUAAGACAAAAUCAGAGUAAUCAAGUUGCAUACAGUGAAAAAACAUCCAAGUCAUCAUUAUGUACUUUUUCAUUUUUCCUAAUAUAAACUUGAGCGUAAUUUGAUUUAACAAUAGAAUUGUUGUUUGAAAUAGAAUCAAACUAUGAAA